CAACCCAGUUUUAUAUAUCACACCUCUAUUCGACGUUAAAUUUAGCACUUCAGUGGGCAGGGGAGACUAGCACAAGGUGUUGUUACAUACUCUAGCGGAUCUCGACGUGUUAUUAUUACCUGGCUGUAGGAGUAACAAGACGUUAGUGACAGCCCACAACUUGAUUUUUUUUUAAAAGACUAUCCUUGGCAUUGUGUAUUCAGAAAGUACGUUCUACAAUGAGGUCCACAGUCCCUGUAAAAGAGCAAACGAUGAUAUGCCUAAUUGUUAUGAUAUGUUUAAUAAACUUGGCAGAUUCCUUGCUGUGCUACCAGUGUGUAGCGACGGCCCCAAAUAUGCCGUGUGUAAACGACUAUCAGGGAAUGGUAAACACAUCUUUAGGGAUUGGUAAAGCCUACUUCAAGAACUGCACUGCUGCAAACAUAACCUGGGAUCGCUGUGUUAUUGUAUAUGUGGAACAAUAUGGAUCAGUCCAAUUUUUUAACCGCGAGUGCCAUGACGGAAAAACCUUCCAGUCCAAGAUCGACCUACCCGAGUUUCACAAUCUGCCCGCAAACAACGAGACCACAUGUGGCCGCAACUACGAUGGUCAGGCCAUCUGCUUCAGGUUCUGCCAGACGGACUUCUGCAACGGGCCACAGAAACCGCCGGAAGUGGAGAAGAAAUCGCCGUGCAACGAAAGUACGAUGUUGGAUUACUUUGAUGACUGCAGUGCGGCGAGCUUGUUGGGGCCAGGGUUUCUGAUGCUUCAGCUGGCUGCACUGGUGUUGGUACUGAUACUUGUGUUUUGAUUCUAUAUGUGAACUACAUUGGAUAAAAUUCACAUGUGAUCCAACGCUUUAACAGUUUAAGCUGACAGCGAACGUUUUAAACAAGUCCAGGGGGCGUUAAUGAUCCAUUUCGGCAGCCGGGGCUAGCUAUCAACUUGUGUUCAUUCUUGCGAAAAAAAAAGCGUCAGGGAUGCAUUUUGCGAGUCAUUUUUCCAUAACAGUUUUUAUUUCAAUAUGUCACAAAUGAUGUAGAAAACACUUAAAUAAGUCCUGUAAAUAUAAGCAGCAUUUUAUUAUCUUAACUUAUUGUGUAAUAAUUCAGAAAUCCAUUCACAAUGUGUUUUAUUUCCAUUUGCUACGCCGUUUUGGCCUCCCCCCCCGCUCCUCUUCUAAAGUCGGCCCCGAGGCGACCGACCCACCUGCCGUUUCCUAGCUACGCCUCUGAACAAGUCUGCUUAUAACGGAUCACCUCAAUGGUUAUUCAAGACUAAAACGAUCCAAUAAUAAUGAAAUAGGUGGAAACUCGGUGUGAUAUUAUGGACUUGAACAUAGUUUUUAUUUAUAAAAUUAGAUUUUUAUUUCAGUGUGUCGUAAAAUUCAUAAAUUUUUAGAUCUUCUUUUUACUAAAGUCCAAUGUGUAAAUAUAGUUGUAUAAAUAAUUUAUAUUUCAUUUAAUGUACUGUUGUUUUUGUAUUAAAAAUGAGCACUUUAUU